CUGUAAUUUCCGGUUAGGCCUUGAACUAGGAUAAACCUAUCAAUUUCGGAAGUCUAGUUUUAUUAAUAAUAUUAGAAAUGUCUUUAGCAACGGAAUUUCUCACUAAAAAACAUAUAAAAUUUUUUAAAAGAUGCACUCAAGUCCUUCCAUCGGGCUACUCCUCUUUAGACACGAGCAGGAUGACUAUUGCAUUUUUUGCCAUUUCUGGGCUAGAUUUACUAAGUGCUCUUGAAGAAAACAUUCCAGAAAAGGAAGAAUGCAUAGAUUGGAUUUAUUCAAUGCAAGUUCUACCUGAUCCAAAUGACUUGGAGGAGUCGCAAAAACGCUGUGGCUUUCGUGGAUCAUCCACUCUUGGAAUUCCUUACGACUCAUCACAGGAGCCAAAAUCAGGGUUGGGGUAUGACUUCAGCCACAUUGCAAUGACCUACACUGCUCUUAGCUCCUUACUUGUUCUUGGUGACGACUUAUCAAGGGUCAAUAAAAAUGCAAUAAUUACAGGUCUGCAAGCAUUACAGAAAAGCAAUGGAUGCUACACUGCAACUCUUAAAGGCAGUGAGAGUGAUAUGAGGUUUAUAUACUGUGCUAGCUGCAUCUGUUAUAUCUUGAAUGACUGGAGGGGAAUGGACCAAAACACUGCCACGGAAUAUAUCAAGAAAAGUUUUACAUAUGAAUCAUCAAUAGGUCAAGGUCCAGGGGAUGAGGGUCAUGGUGGAACAACAUUUUGUGCAAUAGCUUCACUAGUACUAAUGGGUAAACUGGAGAGCACAUUAUCUCAAAAACAACUGGAGAAACUGAAAAGAUGGUGCAUCCAACGUCAACAAUCUGGCUUCCAAGGCAGACCCAAUAAACCUGUGGAUACAUGCUAUUCAUUUUGGGUUGGAGCAACACUUAAGCUUCUAGACAUGUUCCAUUUAGUUGAUUUUAACUGCAAUAGGACUUACAUAUUGUCCACACAAGAUGAAACAAUGGGCGGUUUCUCCAAAUGGCCAGAUUACCAUCCAGAUGCAUUACAUGCCUACUUUGGCGUAUGCGGUUUGUCGUUAAUGUCAGAGCCCGGGAUUCGGCCUGUUCAUGCUGCCCUCAACAUAUCACAGCGAGCAGUUGAUCAUCUACAUAGUCUGCAGUCAACUUGGCUAAGGGAAAAUGAAGUUUGAAACACAGGUCAAUGGUAGAUCUGUAGGAAGAAACUUGGUAAACCAUUCCUCUGCUUUGGUUAUGAAAGUUCCUAACCAAAGUAAUUGUAUUCCGAAGUGUGGCCCACUUUUUAAAGUCUAACCCCUGUGGUUUCACCCUUGCAGCCCAUUAGGCCAACAUACUUGGGGUUUUAACCCUAGAGACCCACAUCCAGUGACUCCAACAUGUGUUCCUUUCAAAAUCAAAAUUUAUUCCAUUUGCUAUCCAUCCAAUAUUUGAUAAUUCCACCUGAUAAUGUUCAAUAAUUUUUUUGAAAAAAUAUAUUGAUUUCUUAUGGAUUUGAACCCACAAUCCUCUGAUCAGCAUUCAGUCAUUCUACCAACUAUUAGUGAUUGAUGCCAAGAUGGUUUUACUCUCCCCUGGUUUUUCUUGAAGGGGUUAUUGUGUGCAUUCAUAUUGAUGAGGCUGUCCCAUUACUUAAUAUUUUAAUAAUAAGUUAUAGUUAUAAAGAUAAAUUGUCCUCCUAAUAAAUAAGAAUUAUCACGAUCUGGCGCAUUAUAUAAACUAACUAAAAUUGCUAUUCAGACUUAAAUAUAUAGUUUAAGCCCUGCCCUGCCCUGACUACCAAAUUUUAUUGGACAAAACCAUGUAACAUGCAUAAAUAUGGUCAUGAUGACAUCACAUCAUGACCGUAUAUAGGCACAUUAUCUCAGAUUGACAGCUAAAUAUGUUCAUCUGUCUGUAAUGACCUAAAAUCUUUAAUAUAUUCAACAUUUGAAUUGGUUGCUUUGUAUGUUUAAUUAAGUUAUUAGCUUUUAAUUGAAGUAAUGUUUUACAUAUAGACAGUGGCAUAUCUAGGAGACUUAAAAAUGGGGAGAGGCUGAUGUCAGGACACGAAAUUGAAUUGGGGUGGCUUGAUGAUUAGUUUGAACAGGUGCUAGCUUGCAAAAGAAGGUGAUUUGAGGUGAUUUUUAACCAUGUGAGCAUGAUUUAUUUGCUUCAAACAUUUUCAAUGGGAUUUUAAACUGGAAGAGCGAGUAUUUUUUUUUAAUUUAUUUUAUUUUUUUUUUUGGGGUGGGGGGAGCCUAUCCCCUGCACACCACCUAGAUAUGCCACUGCAUAGAGGGCAUUUAAUUGCCUGAUUUGAUUGAUUGAAAGCUAUGUAAAUCAGUAAAUAUUUAUAUAUUUUGAUCUGUGUCAUAUUGUUGAAAGUUAAUACCUUUUUAAACGAAGUAUUCAGUGUUUUAAUUGGAUACGUGCAUGUGUUCUCCAAAUUACAAGACAAAGAUGAUACAACUUUAAAUUGUACUUAUAAAUAGUUUGUUCAAAUGUCAUGCAAUUUUCCUGAUACUUUACACAUAGCAUGGUUGUUAGACUUGGGACACUAUCAUUUUUUUUUUGUUUUAUCAAUUAUAUUUUUAACAUAUCCAAACUAAACAUAAACAUUGAUUGUUGUGUUUUGUUUAUAAAUAUUUGAUUAAUGCAAUAAUUGAUUUUUAAAAUAUGUUACUCAUUACAGCAUUGAAACUUCCUUAUAAUUAAAUGUAUCCAAUAUAAUGAAGAAUGAAAGCAACCAGUUAUGGCUAAUUAAUUUUAUAUACUGUAAUAAAAUUGAUGUAUUGUAGAAAAAAAGCAAUUACUUGCUAAUUAAUGAUCACCUAUAAAAUUGACAACCUUCCAAUUUAAAGCAUUAGAGAAUAUAAUUUGUAGAGGAUUACAUGAGAUGUUUAAGCAUAAAUAUAUAUUUAAUAUCUAGUUUUCUGGUUGUUAAUAUUGAAUAGUACUAUGACAUUGAGAUAUAAAUAAUUUAGCACAAUUUUUCAUGUAGUGUAAUCAAUCAGCAAAAAUUUAUAUCAAAAUAUUAUGUCAAAAUAUACAAUUUGGUACAAUAGUAGAGCAUAGAAUUAGAAGAAAUAAUUGAAGUACUGUAUUACAUAAGACAUAAAGAAAAAAAAAAUCAGUUCAAUCCUUGUUAACUCAGGACUCCCAAAGUUAAUGUAAUCCAUUGACCUUGAAUGCAUGCAAAAUAAUUAUUCUACAAUGAGCAGUCAAAAAUAUAUGGGAUGUCUGAGGGAUUCAAAUUCCCAAAAUCUCACUUUUCAUGCUUCAGUAAACAUUGUCGAGAGUGAUUUUUCUCUGCUACCUAUGGAGUGUACGUAUCCGUGCUACAAUCUAAUUUAGACUAAUUCAUUCACAACAUUCUACUACAGUAAGUAGUACCCAUUUAAAUGAGAGACAAAUGUAAACUGCCUUAACCCAAAACACAAACAAAAGUCAAGGCGUGUUCAAAAUGAAACCCCCGACCUAUUGAGAACCACUGGACCAAUCACUCCCACUGAAAUGAGGGAAGUCAGUCUCAUGCCAUAUCCUUUUAAUAGGACAUAUUUGUUGCAUUAGGCCUAUUGUCUUUGAAAUUGAAAAUUUACAAAUAAUACUAAAAAGUACAUUAUGCACCUUAUAAUUAUAUAAAUUUAUAGAAGUAGUUUAAUAGUAACAGUACAGUACUGUAGUUACACUGCAGUAAUAGUUGAAAGGUUUUUAUAGUAGAACUGUAUAUAGAGGGCGCCAUACAUGAUUCAAAAUGCAGUAAUACAGUACACUGUUUCGAAACACAACACGAAGUCGUAGUUCAAGCUAAAUAUUGAGAAGGUUUGUUUUGAAAAUAUACAAUAUGCAUUGGUGUAAUUACUUUUAAGUUUUUACUGGAAUUAAGACAAAAGUUUUAAGUAUAGGCCUACUGUACGCCUACCGGAUAAGAGGAAUCAUAUUUUAUGACUGUUGAAAAAUUCAGUUUUUAAUUAUUUGUGGUUUUUAAAUUUUUUUUUAUUGUUAUUGUGACAUUAAAAAUAUAUUAAGUUGAGUCUGUUUAUAAUUGUGAUUUUUUUUAUUUUAUUUUGAAAAAGUUUCUAGUAUAACAUGUUGCAUAUUUUUGUAUAUUUUAAAGCAAGUACAGUAAAAGUAUUGACCAAAGCUGAGUUUCCUGGCUCACCAACAAGUGUGCUUUUUAUACUGAUAUUCAUAUUUCAUUUUCAUGUUUUAACUUUGUUUAAAUCCUCAAAUUUGGAAAUAGUUCUUUACCUUUAAAUCUUAAAGUGAGUGCUUUACAAUCUAACUCAAUCUUCUUUUAAACUCUGGUAUUGUGUUUACCAUGGAUGUACAGUUAAGGAAUGUGCAUUCAGGUAUUUCCACACACUGCUUUGAUGUGAUGAAAGUGAAUGUUAUGGCCUCCGACUUUACAAGGGUACAGGGUUCAAGGAAGUUUAUUUAUAAAUUAUUGUAUAAAACGAUCGACCUUCAAUCGCAAUAUGUGUCUACCGGUUAUGCGAUACCUGAAUAAAAUACACAGUAAUGAUAUA